AUGUUGGAGGCUUUGAUUGCCUUGACGGGGCGCGCACCGAAGGCAGGAGCCUAUUUAGACGAGAAUCGCUUUGCAUCUCUUUGGCUCAAAGUGACGCCACCCAAAAAGGUCGACGAUUCAUACUGGCCGAUCUUAGGAUACGCUCUCGGCUCAAUUGCAACGGCUCGCAUUCCAGUUAUUACUGGACUAGAGCAUCUGAACCCGACCAGUGACGACCUCAAGGCAUUCUCAGCGGCAUUUGCGACUUCUUCUAGCGCCCCAAUGUUUCACAUGGUCGGCCUGACUCCGGAGGCUCCCACCCUCGAGGCAGCAUGCCCUGAGGGUGCAAUCCCCCAGUCCGUCGUUGUAGAUCGGAAAAGUCUCCACGGAAUCUGGGAUGAGUUCAACCAUGGCUCCGAACCGCGAGAGAUUGACCUUAUUUCUUUCGGCAAUCCCCACUUCUCCUGCCGGGAGAUCAAAGGGCUAGCGAAGCUAUGUCGAGGGAGAACUAAGAAGGAUAACGUGGCUGUGAUCGUUACCUGUGGUCGCUCUCAGUACAGUCUUGCCUUGCAGGCGGGUUAUAUCGAGGAGCUUGAGAAAUUUGGAAUCCAGUUCCUCCAGGACACCUGCUGGUGUUCCAUCGAAGAGCCAGUCAUUCCGAAGAAUACUCAGACGAUUAUGACUAACUCGGGCAAGUAUAUCCAUUACGGACCUGGGCUGACUGGGAGGAAAUUUGCUUUCGGUAGCUUGGAGAUGUGUAUAGAUGCUGCGUGUACUGGGAAGACGACUGGAGAUCCGCCAUCGUGGCUACUAGAUGCUAGACUUAACUAA